AUGAAAAUUUUGAAUGUUACAUAUAAUGAUUUAGGAAUUUAUCAAUGUUUAUUUAAAUAUUCAAUUGUAACCAAAAAAUUUCUAACAUAUAAUUAUAAUUUAUUACAUAAUAAUGUUUUAAUUUUUGAAGAAGGUAGUUAUGUUAAUUUAAUAUGUAAAAAUGAUGAAUUAAAAAGUGGAAAAGUAAUAUUAGAAGAAACUAAUUUAGGAAAUGAUAAUAUUUAUUGCUUAAAUGACACGUAUUGCCAUACUUUAAUAAAAAAUGGAACAAAAUAUGAUAGUAAUAUUUUCAAGUGUAUAAAAUAUAUCAAAGAUAAAAUUACAAUAAUAUAUGAAAUAAUCUUAUUUAAUUCAAAUGAAGAAAAUAAAUACAUUGAAAAUAAACAUUUAAGUGGUAUACCAUAUAUAUUAAAAUCAAUUUCUAAUGCUUAUGAAGUUGAGGAAGGAAAUACAAUAUAUAUUCCAUGUAUUUUUAAAUCAUUCAUUUUCAGUUCUACUCUUCUUAGUAGAUGGAUGUUUAAAAUAGAAUAUAAUAGAACUUAUUUAUAUGAUAAAAAUUAUUUUGUUAAUACUUCAAUAAUAGAUGGGCGCAAUUUUACAAUUUUAAAAAUAUCAAAUAUUUCAUAUUAUGAUACAGGAACAUAUGUAUGUGAAGUCGCUUCUGAAUACGGAUUAGAAAGUCGUGAAUAUUAUGUUUAUAUAAAACCAACUCGUCCAUUAAUUUAUUAUUUUAAAAAUAUUAUUAGUUUUAUAACAAUAUCUAAUUUACCAUUAAAUGAAAUAAUUGUUAGAUUAACACCACAUAACAAUACUUUAAAUAUAAUUGAAUAUGUAUAUGAUGCAAAAAUUGUUAUUAAACAUUGGGGAAACUUUAGAUAUAAAGGGUAUUUAAAUAUAGAACCUUUUCAAAAUUUAAAUGAAAAAUAUAAUUUAACUUUAGCAGUUUCACAUAAAUUUUCUCGAUCACCUUUUUCAACACCAAUUAAUCAAAAUGAUUAUUUUAUUCUUAAUGAUGGAUUUAUUGAUCAUAAUGAGGAAAAUAUUUUUGGUAAAAAAAAAAAAGAUUAUCAAAUUACAAGAAUACUUUUAUGUUUAUUUGUUAUAGUAACUGUAACAGUAUAUUUUAUUUAUUACUUUUGUCCUUUCUUUUGUUAA